AUGAUUACGCUGCUCAUGGUCAGUAUGCUGAUGGUCCCCUGUGUUGGGGGCCAUGUUCUGGACACACCAAAUCCCCAGGAAUUGCCUCCAGGACUGUCAAAAAAUAUCAAUAUCACUUUCUUCAAUGGGGUGUUUAAAAACGUGGAGAGUGUGGCUGAAAUUUUUGACUGCCUAGGUUCCCACUUCACCUGGCUGCAGGCUGUCUUCACCAACUUCCCUCUGCUGCUCCAGUUUGUAAACAGCAUGAGGUGUGUGGCUGGCCUCUGCCCACGGGACUUUGAAGACUAUGGUUGUGCCUGUAGGUUUGAGAUGGAAGGGCUGCCUGUGGAUGAGUCUGACAGCUGCUGCUUCCAGCAUCGCAGGUGCUAUGAGGAGGCUGUUGAGAUGGACUGUCUCCAGGACCCUGCCAAGCUCAGUGCAGAUGUGGAUUGCAUCAACAAACAGAUCACAUGUGAGUCUGAGGAUCCGUGUGAGCGCCUGCUGUGUACAUGUGACAAGGCUGCUGUGGAAUGCCUGGCUCAGUCUGGCAUCAACUCUUCCCUGAAUUUCCUGGAUGCUUCCUUCUGCCUGGCUCAGACUCCAGAGACAACUAGUGGGAAGGCUGUGACACUGUUGCCUAGAGGGAUUCCUGAAAAGCCCACAGACACCAGUCAGAUAGCCUUGUCAGGAGAAGAGUUUAUCCAAGAUCUUCAAGAUGUACAAGUUUCUAGGACCACAUCAAGUCCAGGAUCUGCAGAGAUUAUUGCCAUAGCUAAAGGUACAACCCAUGAUUCUGCUGGCAUUAAACCACUGAGGUUUGAAAUAUCAUCUGUUGACAAUGGUUCUCAGGAAACAACUGGAAAAGCCUGUGACAGAUUGGCUUUCCUGCAUCUGGGUGCCGGGGACAGCAUGAAGGCCAUGCUGCAGCUUGGAGAGAUGCUCUUCUGUCUAACAUCCCACUGUCCAGAGGAAUUUGAAACUCAUGGCUGCUACUGUGGAAGAGAAGGAAGAGGAGAACCAAAGGACACCCUGGAUAGGUGCUGUUUGUCCCAUCACUGCUGUUUGGAGCAGAUGAGACAGCUGGGCUGCCUCCAUGGAAGGCGCUCUCAAUCAUCUGUGGUAUGUGAAGACCACAAGCCCAAAUGUGUGGGGCAGAGCCUGUGUGAGAAGCUACUCUGCGCCUGUGACCAGAUGGCAGCUGAGUGCAUGGCCUCUGCCUUCUUUAAUCAAAGCCUCAAGUCACCAGACCGACCUGAGUGCCAAGGCGAGCCUGUGUCCUGUGAGGAGGGCAUGCUCAGAGGAACCUUAGCCUCUUCUGCGGACUCCAGUUCUGAGGAGAAUAGCAAGGAAGCUGCACCUCAGAUGGAACGCCUAAGAAGAUUAUUUCUGGAAAACCCUCCUGGUCUGUUGGGGGCCAGGCCCCUUGGUGGAAGAUAA